GGGCGAUGCCGGCCCCGCCCCCCGGGGCUCCCCGCCGCUCGGUGCGUGCGCGCGCGGGGGCUCCGCGCUCCGAGGCGGUGCCGCGAUGGGGCCGCGGCUGCUCCUGGUGCCGCUCGGGUGUCUCGUGCUGCUGCUGUCGCCGCCCGGCGCCGCCGAGUUCAGCCCCUCCCUGGACAGCGACUUCACAUUCACGCUGCCCGCCGGCCGCAAGGAGUGCUUCUACCAGCCCAUGCGCAAGGAGGCCUCGCUGGAGCUCGAGUACCAGGUUCUAGAUGGAGCAGGAUUAGAUGUUGAUUUUCAUCUGCUGUCCCCAAAAGGUGAAACUCUAGUUUUUGAUGAAAGAAAAUCAGAUGGAGUUCACACGGUGGAGACAGAAGAUGGGGAUUACAUGUUCUGCUUUGACAACACAUUCAGUACCAUUUCUGAAAAGGUUAUUUUCUUUGAAUUGAUCCUGGACAAUAUGGGAGAAGAUGGUCAAGAUGAGGAAGAUUGGAAGAAGUAUGUUACAGGCACAGAUCUCCUAGACAUGAAACUGGAAGAUAUUCUGGAAUCCAUCAACAGUGUCAAAGCCAGAUUGAGCAAAAGUGUCCAGAUUCAGACCCUACUCAGAGCAUUUGAGGCUCGUGACCGAAACAUACAAGAAAGCAACUUUGACAGAGUGAAUUUCUGGUCCAUGGUCAACUUGGGAGUAAUGGUGGUGGUAUCAGCUGUUCAGGUUUACAUGUUGAAAAGUCUCUUUGAAGAUAAGAGGAAAAGUAGAACUUAAUAUUCAUUAAUGUUCAUAUUAUGAUCAUAACAAUAUAACAGGUAUGGGGGAGAAGGGGAGCAAUAAACUACAGUAAAGAAAAUAAAGAACUUCCAGAUUCUUUUGAACAGACAGUAAAAAUCAGGUUUUCACUUCAUGUUGGGCUUUUUGGAUGUGAUAGUGCUGGUCUUGUUUGUGUUUGGGGGUUUUCUGUUUUUUGUGGUGGUUUGUUGUUUGGGUUUUUUUUUUAAACAUGAACAUAAUGCCUCCUCCCAAACUCUCCUGUUUUUCCAAAUGCUACUAACUAUUUUUUUGUAUUUGUAGGAUUUGUUAAUGAUUAUUAAUGCCUACCUUAUGCAUAGCAUACUUGGUGCAUAUGCAAAGUAAUGUUAAUAUAACUGUAAUUUUCUUCAUUUUCAAAAAAAAGUUUAAGUAGUAACUUAGACAUUGGUUGAGUUGCUGUUAAAUACGGAUUGAAUUUACCGUGCCUAAGUUUAUGGGAUUGGUAAUUAGUGUCAUUUUUGUUCAAAGAUACAUGUUUCUUAAAAUCCUCAGUUUCUGUUCUUUGGCAUCAUGGAGAAACGCUGGGCUAACUAUGUAAGAACAUGAGACCUCUUUUUAUAACAGAUGACUAAUAUCAGCACUUUAAAAAAAGCACCAUCAAUGUGAAAUUGAGGCAGUCUUGAAAAACAAUUGGAAAAAAUAGGUAUAACUUCUGCUCAUAAAUCCUCCUGUCCUGUAGUUGUACAAUCCUAUUUUCCUUUUUGGCUGUUACAUGAGACAAGUGACUACGUUGUAUACAGACAAUACAGGCACACUUUGAAGUAUGACUUGCAAAUUCUUAGUUACUGUCACUUCAUGUAAUAGAUAAUUUUUUUAAAGUAAUUUCUCAUGUUUUUUCCUUUUAUGAAAGGUAGGGGCUGUCAUUGUUUGCCAAAACAAACACUGAUUGUUGUAGUUUCAAAAUUUCUCUUACUAUCCAUUUCAUUUUUAUUACAACUAUGACUAAUCAACAGUCAGGUGACUUACAUAGGCAUAUAAAACCAAAGCUGUUCACCUAAACUUUCCUUUUUUGUUCACUCUCACAAGUCUUUCAGCUGUGUAAGUAUAUGCUUCAUAUAACCCAUGUUUCUGUUCAUCUGGAUAAGGCAGAAAUCACAGGAGCUGUAAGUACAGGCUUCAAGUUUUAUGAUCAGCUGAACAUGUAGUAUCAUGUAGUAUCAUAUCAAGGCAAAGCUAAUACCAAAUCAGAAAUGUAUAAUAUCUGGAUUAAGUGGCUUUUAACAGUGUAGUGAGGGCAUAGGUUUUGCCAAAACCCCUGGUGCAUCAGAAUUAACUUUUUUUUCAGUAGUUUCAAGUUAGUAAUUUUUACGAUGUGCCAAGUCAUUGGAAUUUCUUGUAUAAAUGUGUUAACUACAUUUCAUCGUAAGAGUUUUUUAAAAACUUUAUUAAAAACACUUUUUAAAAAAGUGUUUUAAAAAAGUGUAUGUAGUAGUGUUGUGCCUGUUGUGGGGUCAUCUGUAUGAAUGGCAGAGUUGCAACUUUGAGACUUUCUGUGAUAAAUAUUGUUUUAUGAAUAAAAACAGGGUCAAUAGCUGCAUUGAAGAAAUACAUUGUUCAAAUGAAACAGAUGCUAGCAAGGGCUACAGAAUAUAGAAACAGCACUUCAGCUUCAACUUCAGACAAGAGGACCUAGCAAUAAUAUUUCUAAAUAGUUUUUAUAAGCAAAAUUAUUAUUACAGAACUUGUUAUAGAGGGCUCCAAAGGCUGUUGAGCCACUUCAACCUUCUGCAGAGCUACGUCCAAAAUAAGACUACCCCUUUAAGGUUUUGUGUAUCUUAAUUCUAAUAUGAUGCUUUCUAGUCUAAACUGCCUGGAAGUAGAAAGCUUACUUCUGUGAUAAGAACAAAGUCUAGGAAAAAUAAUUCUUUCAGUUAGAGUAGCAAAUAAUGUUUUCCUUCCCUCUCCCAGCAGCACUAUAUCAUGUUAUAUGCUUGCAUCACCACGUGUGAUGCUCUAAAUCAUCUGCAAAAUGCUGACCUAGCUCUAGGAAGCUGUGACUGACAUCUACCUCUGCUCUCCAAGCUACUAGAGUCGAGAUUUCACCUUACAACUGCAACAGAUAAGCUCUGCCAAGUUUUCCAAGGGCGCCUUAAGAGAUUGGGUUCCCCCAGCUGCUCUGCUGUGCCUCUCUGUAGUUACAUCAGUGGCAAAGGCGUUUGGUGUCCCAGUUUAACCUGCUACUGGAUGCAGCCAACUCUGAUCAAAGACAGAGGACUGCUGCAGUUCAGUGUUUCCCAUCACAAACAGCCAUCACUGGGAGAAGGAAAAUGCAGCAAUCAGCAGCAGAGGUCAUCUGGAAGAAAUUAUUGAUUUGCAACUAAGAGCUCUGACUGUAUUUGCUCUUCAUUCAAGGUCCACUAUAGAAAAUGGAAGAGGGAAUAACUAGAAAGGUUCAUUGACUUUGGCAGCUGGAAUAUGUUUAUGAUGGGUGAAGGAUUUGACAUUCAAAGUUGCAGUUAAGUAACACUGUACAUGGAUUUUGAAGAGUAGAUUGCUUUUGACUGUAUAAAAUUUACAAAGGAGAAUAUAAAUAACAUUUUUUUUCUUAAUGGACUUUUUAUUCAGAAUUAAAUGUUUUAAGACUUGCAAAUGUUGGAUAAUUAUGCAAAACUGAGAUUUUCAAUAAAUCAAGUUUAAACCUG